AUGGCACCUUACACCUGGAUCUUCGGAAUCAACAUGAUGAUUCGAGUUGGGCUUGCAGGCUGGAGCGCAUGGAUCGUGUAUGUCCUGGUUGGAACCAUGCAGAUCGUUCUUAUCGUGACUGCUAUCAUCUUCGCGGUUAGGGAUCGCAAGAGUGGAAACGAAUCGAAGCAUCCGUCGGAAGACCCGUCCUUUAAUGGGUGGAACACCACCUUACGACCGCGACAAGGCUCUGGUACAUCACAUGCGCCGUCGAAUAUUUCACCUGACGAGCGCAGCCCACUCAUUACCAAUGGCAAACAGUCUAGUAGACAACACUAG